AUGGUGCUACUAUUUUUCCAUGAUAAAAUUAAGAUGGAAUCUGGUGAACAUUCUUCGGAUUUGAAACGAGAAAGCGUUAUGGAAGAAAACAUCAGUGACGAUGAUACUGAUAAUGUCGACGUUAACAUUGAAUCUAACGUGCCCAGAGUGACGAACUUUUCUAUCGAUGAAAUCCUAAAGCCAGACUUUGGUAUGAAAAAGACACUAGACAUCAAUAUGACGUCUGCAUUCUCUGCGUUUACACCUGUACGUCACCAGGAAAAGCUUUUACCGAGAUGUGCUUCCGCCUCAUCGUCAAUAUCCUCAUCGUCAUCAUCACCUCGUUCCUGCGGAAGUGUUCCCUCCUCGCCGGAGAGUUCCGGCCACACCCCUAAAUCCCCGGACAGCGAGUCCCGUCCAGCUCUGUGGCCCGCCUGGGUAUACUGUACUCGAUACUCUGACAGACCGUCUUCAGGACCAAGAUCGAGAAAAAUUCGGAAGACCAAGGAAAAGACGGUAGAUGAAAAGAGACCCCGAACGGCCUUUACGAACGACCAAUUACAACGACUGAAGCGCGAAUUUGAAGAAUGCCGGUAUCUGACGGAGCAGAGACGAAUGGACCUCGCGCAGGAGCUCAACUUGACAGAAGCUCAAAUUAAAAUUUGGUUUCAAAAUAAGCGUGCUAAGAUAAAGAAAUCAACGGCGCCCAGGAACACCCUCGCUCUCAGUCUAAUGGCACAAGGGCUCUAUAACCACUCAACAAUCUCCAUCAAAGAUGAAGAAACGUAA